AUGAAAUUCUCCUCAGUAAUCCUCGCCAUUACCGCUCUGGCCACGACCGGUAUGGCCGCGAAGACCUGCACACCUAGCUUUGAUUAUUGCUCUGAUGUGCUGAUCAAGGACAAAGGAUUUACCGAGGCCGAUCUCAAGGAUGUCUUGAAGGGUUCUGAUCUGGAGAAUGAGGAGUUGAAGAAUGUGCUGUUCCAUUGCAAGAACCCCGGCGACGUUGGACACCCCAAGCUCUGCAGCAGUGGAUGCCAAGACCCCCAGACGGAGGGCAGUCACUCAUGCUCUGCGUAA